GGGGGUUGGAGUGCGUUGGGCGCGGUGUUUCUACUUAGUAGCUACCACACCAAAACAAAAAUUUGGGGAAAAGUUAGUCGUCAAGAAAGAGGAGCGGGUUGUAGUCUAUAAGGAUCGCGGCUCGUAGUUAUUUUAAGAAAUUGUGACACGGUUUUGGAUUCACCUUACUCAUACGGGGUAACCUGACGAAGAACAGCAUAUGUUAUUUAGGUAGCAAUAGAGUACACUGUAACAUGGAUAGUAUAGAUAGUGCCCCUUCGUUAGAAAAAGUCUCGUUGUGGCGUGCUACCCGUGAAAUAUUUCGAGAUUCCCGAUCAACAUGGAAAAAUCUCCUGACCGAAUGUCCUUCUUCAUGGCGCACUGUUCGAUCUGGUUUAUCAUGGUGUUGUUUGCUACUUCUCGUGAAUGGAGCAUUUUGGCUCUUCGGCGGGCUUCUUUUCGCUUCAUUGGAAGGUUGGCACGAAAGUCGCUACAAGUGUGGAGCCCUGCGCAUCCGCCGUCACUUCAUUGAAGAAUUAUGGGAACAAUCUGCAAUUCUACCUGAGGAUGAGUGGAGGGAGCUGGCCCGCCAACGACUAAUUGAUUUUGAAGACCAGUUACAUGAAGCAUUCAGCGCUGGUCUUACCUCUUAUACCGGAAAAAGAACUUGGGGAUUUUGGGAUGCCGUUGCCUUUAGCAUGACAACCGUGUCUACAAUUGGUUAUGGCCAUAUAGUUCCAGUAACAUGGCUAGGACGAAUGAUCACAGUGUUUUAUUCCACAUUUGGAAUCCCCCUUUUUCUUAUUCUAUUGGCUGAAAGUGGUCUACUUCUUACCCGCAUGCUCAAGCUCUCCUGGGUUUAUAUAGUUAGGUUUUAUGCCACUCCAUCUGGGAAAAGAAUUUGCAGCUCAAACCUCAUAAAGAAUUUUCUGAAGUUGCUGCACAAUACCUUAAAAAAAAUUUUUGAGCAAGGAAAAUCGAAAAAGUUUAUUGGGCCAUUGUUUGAAACUAUUGAAGGAUUCUAUGAUAACACAAUUAAUAGUGUUAAUACUUCUAGAACCUUCUGUGUUGAUGAUCAGUUUGAUAUUUCAGCUCCAGUGGCAAUUUGUCUUCUUUUCCUUUAUGUUCUUUGGGGAUCCAUGCUUUUUUUCCUGAGUGAAGAUUGGUCUCCUUUAGAAGCGUUUUACUUUGUCUACAUAACACUAACUACAAUUGGAUUUGGAGAUUAUGUACCACAACAUCCCCUAGCUCUCUUGACAUGUGUUGUAUAUUUACUAUUCGGACUUGCCCUAACAGGCCUUUGCCUAAAUACCAUACAGAACGAACUUUUAAGAACAAGCGACAACGUCCGAAACAAACUGUGCACGAUACUGGGGCUUCAGUUAAACAGUAAUGAAGUCGUAAAUCUUGGAUGCUUACGAGAAACUACUUUACAACCUGAUACGUCUAGCCAUCCUGAAGAAAACGUACCGGUUCAACUUGAUGCAACAGACAUAGACAAGAAAGAACAAUAAAAAUCAGUUGCUUGAAGUAACUAUAUCCUUUUGUCUGCUUAUCUCUUGUUGGAAGCGACCUUCAUUAAUAAUUGUUCUUCGAGGAAACUUCAGU